AGUCACCUCGGCCUGCAGAGUCAGACAGUGAACACAGCAGACGGCACCAUGUUCCAGCCGCGCUUCUCUCGCUCAGGCUUCCGCUCCGGCUCCCCGAUCCGCUCCAACAUGCGUAACAGUUCCCCAAUUCGCUCCAGCUUCCGCAGUGGCUCUCCGUUCCGCUCCAACUACAGGAGCGGGUCGCCAUUCCGCAGCGGCUCGCCAUUCCGCAGCGGCUCGCCAUUCCGCAGCGGCUCCCCAUUCCCCUCCAACUACCGCAGCGGAUCCCCAUUCCGCUACAACAACCGCAGCGGCUCCCCAUUCCGCUCCAACUUCCGUAGCUGGUCGCCGUUCGCCAACGAUUGUGAGGACUACGGCCGGUUUUACUACCCGUCUCCUUACUCCGAUGGCCGUCGUUACGGAGACUAUUACUACAGCGACUACGCGUCCUCGGCUCGUCAAAGCAUCCCGUGGCGUUUUGGAGGAGACUAUGGAGCUCAGUUUGAGGACUACAGCCACCGCUACCUCGAGUCGGGAGCUCGGGGAGAGUUUGGCGACUACGAGUGGCAGAGCGGUGACUACGAGGACUACGUCUGCCAUGAGGACGGCGCGCAGGGCCGCUUCUCGGAGCGCCGCUCGCGGGCCGUGAGUCGCGACCGGGUGCGGUUUGACCGUUCGGCGGCUCUGAGCGGCGGCCAGUACGGCGAGUGGUACGGCCGCCAGUACGGCCCGCGGUACCGCUCACUGUCGCCGGCGGCGUACCGCGGCCAGCGGGCCGGCGCCGCCCUCAGGGCGCGCUCCAUGUCCCCCGGCUACGAGAGAGCCGACUUCUACACGGCCAGGGAGGCGAUGGACGGUGGAUGGGACAGCAGCAGGAGCGGCAUGGCGCGCCACUCGCAGACGGUGGCUGGUGAGCGACAGAUGACCUCUGGAAUGACCCAGCGGCCCGGGGCCUACCGGGUCAGCUGGUACAACUAGGUGACGACCUCGGAUUUAUAAGGGUGCACGGUGGAAAAACUCGCUUCGCACGGUCACGCUCGAUCCUGUUCAAAUGCGAACCAAUUUGUGCAAAAAUAGCCUCAGAAUCGUACAUAUUGAAGUUUGCACUGGCACCAGUACGCUCUUCUCCGUCCGGUGUUUUGCGUUUGCAUGCUUCUUAUGACUUACUCAUUUUCGAGGCAUCGAUGCUGCAAAAAAGUGGGAAGUUGGGAACUCACCAAUCAUGAGAACAAUACAAAGCUGUGAAAUUAACAAUUGUUCGCAGAAUGCACACAAUAUCAAAAUCCUGUCAAAGAUUUACUAAAACAAACAUGAUUGUCAUUGCAAAAUAAGUUAUUGGCAAUGCACUGUGUUGACUGCAUGCAUUUAUGUGCUUUAAUGAUUGGUAAAUAAAAUACAUUGAAAACUGCCUU